UUGUUCCGCUAUGGGGGCUUUAUUUUGGUCCCGUGUGCUUCCUUUUGAGCAGUCGGUGGUGGAAUUACUAAUUUUUAAGAGCAUCAGAGUUAUUUGAAAACUGUGGUGAAGGGAGCAGAAUGAGAGGAAAAGGGAGGAAUUCCUUUUUUACCUCGAGGAGUUUCAUUUCUAGAUCGUGGCAAAAGAGAAGGAAAACAAAUCAAGGGGAACUGAAGAAAAUGAGUCUUUCCCCAGAGGACAUAGAAGAUGGGGAAGAUGAGACGUCAGAAGAUAAGGACAAUGGCAGUAGAGAUGAGGUUGAUGUCCCUCAGAAAAAUGGUAGGAAGAUUACUACUGCUCCAGGAAAUAAAAUCGAGAAAAAAAAGUUUCUGGCUCCCCUGUUUGCUGAGAAAUUAAUAUCACCAUGCAGGAAGGGAGCCGCAGGGGCCAAGCUGCCGAAAGACAGGAGGAGUGCCGUGCUCGAGACCCAUGCGAAGAGACAGGAGAACCCUGAGGAGGAUGAAGAGCCUAUGAAGAAAGCACCUGAUAAACAGAAGGAGGAAAUGACCAAACAGAAGGCUUCCCCUGAAACCAAAAAUCAGAAAUUAGAAGGAUUGCCUCUAUUGACUUCAAGUCACAGGCCGAUGCAGAGAGAGCCUUGGAAGAGAAGCAAGGAACAGAGAUUGGUGGGCUUGCUGUAGUUCUGAACCUUGUCAGAGCAAAAAUCCAAGGCCAAGAUGAGAGAGACAGAAAAAAGUGCAACUGGAGAAGUAAGGGCGUGACAGCUCUGUAGCUGGAGACCCAUGUUUCCCAGGGAUGGGCUAGUAUGAGGUUAGGGGCACUUGGCACUGUUUUGUUUUUUUGGUUUUUUUUGGCUGCGUUGGGUCUUCGCUGCUACACGCAGGCUUUCUCUAGUUGUGGCGGACGGGGGCUACUCUUUGUUGCGGUGUGCGGGCUUCUCAUUGUGGUGUCUUCUCUUGCUGCAGAGCAUGCUCUAGGUGCACGGGCUUCAGUAGUUGCAGCACAUGGGCCCUAGAAUGUGCGGGCUUCAGUAGUUGCAGCGUGUGGGCUCAGUAGUUGUGGCUAGUGGGCUGUAGAGCACAGGCUCAGUAGUGGUGGCGCGCGGGCUUACUUGCUCUGCGGCAUGUGGGAUCUUCCUGGACCAGGGUUCGAACCCGUGUCCCCUGCAUUGGCAGGUGGAUUCUUAACAACUGCACCACCAGGGAAGUCCCACUUGGCACUUUUAAAUACAGUUUCUCACUCCAUCAAAAAUGUGUAAGUCAUCCUCAUAAUUCUGUCAAGCUAAUAAGUACUGUCCUAGUUAACUGUAACCUUGAUGACUGCAGAAGGCAUGGCACUUUGAGAGACAUCAGUUUAGUUCCCCCUUUUGGGGUAUCUUCUAGGAUUCUGUUUCAACAAGCUCUUAAACCUGUGGUUUCAGAGUUAGAUAUUUAAUUCUCUUCAAGUUGUGUUUUUUGUUUUUUGGUUUUUAAAAAAAUUUUGGCUCUGUUGUGUGGCUUGCGGGCCACGGCAGUGAAAGUGCCGAAUCCUAACCACUAGACCACCAGGGAACUUCCUCAGGUUUAAAGACCCCAAACCUAAUCUGCCUAAUCUGAUUUCUAGAUGUGGUGGCUUAUACAGAAAAAAAAAUAAAACAAUAGAAUUUACCAUGAAUAUUUUUAAAAAUCAAGGGAUUUCACAUAAAAAACUGGAUUUCCAGCUUCUUUUGCUACAUCAGAAAGUCUGGUGGCUCUGGGGCUGCGUCCCUACAUGUCCACAGGCGUCUGGAGAGAGGCAGCUGCUUCCUCUCAGCUGUGGCAUUUGCUCUGCUGGCUGGAAGUUCUUACCAACCCUGAACGAGUGAACAUCAUGCUGACACUUUGAAAAAAUAGUUAAUACUUUUUUUUUUUUUAUCACAAAGCCAUACUUUUUUCUUCUUGGUAAAGAUAUUUUUAUAUGUCUUAUGCAUUUGUCUCUUUCAAAAGUGGGAAAACUAAAGUUAGAACAAGAAAACCAUGCACUUCAAGAAAAAUGGGAGAGAGCUUAUUUCUUUGUGGAGGUAAAAGAACGUUCCUGCAUGUUUAAUAUGCAAACAAAGUCUGUCUGUGUCAAGAGAAUGUGACCUAAGACACCAUUAUGAAAGCAACCAUCGUAGGAACCAUGAUGGAUUUACAGAAAAAAUGUGUGAUAGAAAAUUCAACGAACUGAAAAAAAGACUGAAAUUUCAACAUGAUUUGCUUUUGAAUGUGAAUAAAAUAAGUGAUGCUGCUAUGAAAUGUAGUUACAUAUUAAGUGAGAAAAUUGCCCAGGCAGCCAAACCUUUUGCAGGUGGUGAGUUUAUCAAGGACUGUCUUUUGAGUGCAGCAGAAAUCAUGUGCCCUGAACAGAGACAAGCGUUUGCCAACAUAAGACUAACUGGUAGUGUUGUUGCCCAGCAUGUUGACAACAUGACUGAGAACUUGCAGGACAAGUUACAAGAAAAAGCUGAAUCAUUUGUGGCUUUUUCCAUUGCAGCUCAGGAAGGAGUGGAUGGAAAUAACGACCCCCACGUAGGUGUAUUUAUUCGUGGUGGCAAUGAAACUUUUGAUGUGACCAAAGAUCUUCUGGACAUGGUCCCCAUAACAGGCACAACAUCAGGAAAUGAAUUAGUUUUACAUGUUGAGAAAAGUCUUAAAACAUUUAACGUGGCCUGGUCAAAAUUGGUGAGUAUUAGCACAGAUGGUGACUCUGCGAUGGUUGGUGUUAAAGAACUAGUUGCAAAACUGAAAUCUAAAGUGUCAGGGCUGGGCUUCCCUGGUGGCGCAGUGGUUAAGAAUCCGCCUGCCAAUGCAGGGGACACGGGUUCGAGCCCUGGUCCAGGAAGAUCCCAUGUGCCGUGGAGCAACUAAGCCCGUGCGCCACAACUACUGAGCCUGUGCUCUAGAGCCCGCGUGCCACAACUACUGAAGCGCGCACGCUUAGAGCCCAUGCUUCACAACAAGAGAAGCCAGUGCAAUGAGAAGCCUGCACACCGCAAUGAAGAGUAGCCCCCGCUCACUGCAACUAGAGAAAGCCCACGUGCAGCAACGAAGACCCAAUGCAGCCAAAAAUAAAUAAAAUAAAUAAAUUUAUUAAAAAAAUAAAAAAUAAAAAAAUAAAGUGUCAGAGCUUUGCCAAGACACAGAACUUAAGUCUGUGCACGGCCUCAUUCUCCAGGAAUCACUUUGUGCUAAAAGGUUAAAAAUGGUAGUUAAAAAACUACCGUGUCAUGGACAUAGUAGUUUAUACCAUAAUCUAGAUACGCUCCCAUGGCUCAGACCGCAGAAAGUUCGGUGCUUUGUUUAAUGAGUUAGAUGCACCAUAUGGAAGCAUGUUCUGCUCCAUGGAACUUAGGUGGCUGAGUCGUGGUGUGGUCCUAAGGCAGUUUUUUGAAUUGUUGGAGGAAAUUGACUUUUUUCUGUCUUCUAGAGGAAAAUUUGUGCCUCAGCUUACAAGCAAAGAUUGGGUCAGAGACUUAGCCUUUUUGGUUGACAUUAUGACAUAUCUAAACAUGUUGGAUAUUUCUCUGCAAAGGCGUUCUCAAGUGGUGACACAAACGUAUGAUUCAGUUGGCUCAUUCCUAGCGAAAUUGUGUCUUUGGGAGACUCAUUUGGCAAGGAACAAUCUGGCCCACUUUGCUACACUGAAAUUAGUUUCUGAAAAUGAAAAUGACAGCCUGAACUACAUUCACCAAAUUAAAGAGUUGAACGCUGAAUUCCAAAAAAGGUUCUCUGAUUAAAACUUUAUGAGAAUGAACUAAUAUUGUUCAGUUCCCCUUUCUCAAUUAGUAUUAAUAGUGUGAAUGAAGAGCUACAAAUGGAAGUUAUUGAAUUGCAGUGCAAUACUAUACUGAAAGCCAAAUAUGGUGAUGUUGGGAUCCCAGAAUUCUACAGAUAUCUUGGGAAUGGUUACCCUAAAUAUAAAAACCAUUGUGCAAAGAUUCUGUCCAUGUUUGGAAGUAUUUAUGUUUGUGAGCAGCUAUUUUCUGCUAUGAAACUAAAGAAAACUAAAUGUUGCUCCCAGUUAAAGGAUUCAAAGAUGAAUGUUGCAACACAGGAUUCACAGCCUGACGUUGAUUGACAUCUUGGGGCAUAAGAAAGGUGUGUCAGAUUUUGAAUUUCAAAUCUGAGGAGUAAUAAAUUAUGGAACUUUGAGUAAUUA